AUGUCUGCGCUGUCCGCCGCGGUGGCGCGCCUGACCGCGCUCCACUCGUCCGGCGGGGGCGCGGGCCCCGGUGGCGCCGCCGCCGGCGAGGUCCUGGCUCUGCAGCAGCAGCUGCAGGAGCAGCGGGCGAUCAACGCGCAGCUGCAGGAGGCG